GAAGUGACGCGCGGCGGAGGUUCCCACCCUCUCCCGCCUCUCCAGGAGGGAGGAAGACGAAGAAGAAGAAGGAGGAGGAGAAGAAGAAGAAGAAAGACGGAGCCCGCCGGCGCUUCGGGGGCCCGCAGAGGCGCUCUCCCUCCCGCCAUGGCGACUCCAGUCAAUGCUCAGAACGCCAGCAAGACGUGGGAACUCAGCCUCUACGAGCUACACCGGACCCCCCAGGAGGCCAUCAUGGACGGGACGGAGAUCGCUGUCUCGCCCCGCAGCCUGCACAGCGAGCUGAUGUGCCCCAUCUGCCUGGACAUGCUGAAGCACACCAUGACCACCAAGGAGUGCCUCCACCGCUUCUGCUCCGACUGCAUCGUCACAGCCCUUCGCAGCGGGAACAAGGAGUGCCCCACCUGCCGGAAGAAGCUGGUCUCCAAGCGGUCGCUGCGGCCCGACCCCAACUUCGACGCCCUCAUCUCCAAGAUCUACCCCAGCCGGGACGAGUACGAGGCCCACCAGGACAGGGUGCUGGCCAAGCUGAACCGGCUGCACAACCAGCAAGCCCUGCGGAGCAGCAUGGAGGAGGGGCUCAAGAUGCAGGCGAUGACCAGGGGACAGCGUGUCCGCAAACACCCACAGGAGUCAGACAACACCACCUUCAGCGGCGGAGAGGACAACUGCGACAGCCGCUCCCACCUCAGCAAUGCCUCGGCCCCAAGCCAGCCGGAGGCCGGACCCAGCCGCAAACGCUCUCGUGCCUCAGAUGAGUCGGGCCCGGAGCCGGAGACCUCGCACGAGGGGGGACGCGGCAGCCCAGAGCCAGGGGCCGAGUCCAGCAGCAGUGAGAUUGAGCUGGUCUUUCGGCCCCACCCGGUCCUAGUGGAGAAGGGAGCCUAUUCCCAGACCAGGUAUGUGAAGACCACAGCUAAUGCCACGGUGGAUCACCUCUCCAAGUACCUGGCUUUGCGCAUAGCCCUCGAGGAGGCUUCUGGCCCCGGCCCGGAAGCCCCUGCCCUUGAAGACGUCAGUGAGAAGCAAUAUACCAUCUAUAUCACCACGGCCGGAGGGGCCUUCACGACGCUGAACGGAUCGGUGACCCUGGAGCUGGUGAACGAGAAGUACUGGAAGCUGAGCCGGCCCCUGGAGCUCUACUACGCCCCCACCAAGGAGCAGAAGUGAGCCCCCUCGGCCCAGAGCACGGGGAGAUGGGGGGGGCCGCCCUCUUGCCCUGGGGGGGCUCUUCGAGGCAGCGGGAGGACUUUCCAGACAGAGACGUUUUCGGAGGAGGGGGAAUGCCAAGCUGCAAAAGACUGAGGCGCUGCCCCGGCUGCUCCCCCCCUCCCGCGGCGUUCUUUCCCCUCCCCCCCCCAGCAGAGACUCCUGCCCUCCGGAGUGGGUGAGCCCCCACCAGAGUUUUUGCUUACCCCUUCCUGGCAAUGACUGAUCGCUCCAGGCCACGUGCGUGAGGGGGGGAGGUUUGGGGAGGAGGGGAAAGGCGCUUUUGCAGACUGUUUUGUGGAACUGAGUCGAUCACAGAAGUUUUGGCCUCUUUCUAA